AAUCGAGCGUCUUCUCAGCUGAUUGUGAACAGGAUGGCAGAGGAGGCAGACCCUGGUUUGUCUUUACGCGCGGAGAGGAAAGCUUUGGAAAAAGCCAAAAUACUGCAACGAGAGAGCGAGAGGAAGACAUUCACACUGGUUGGACGGGUCUUGAAGAAACCCGAGUCUGAGCGGUCUGAGGAGGAGGCCGCGGUGCUGCUGCUGAACAGAGACACUGUGGACGAGCUCUGCAAGAGACAGGUCCGAAGAAGUGUGCUCAAGAGGAAACAGGAGGAGGUAUUUGACGAUGCUGAUGAGCUGAAAAGUAAAGUCAGGCAGCUGGCUGAUGCAGUCAAACAAGCCAAACACCUGGGUUACACUGGAGCUGGGAUCAGCCGGUAUGCUGCUUCCAUCCCAGACUACAGAGGCCCUAAUGGAGUGUGGACACUUUUACAGAAGGGGCGGACAGUCAGCUCGUCUGACCUGAGUAAAGCUGAGCCGACUCUCACCAUGAGCAUAAAGAUGCUGCACAAAGAGAACUGGGUGAAGCAUGUUGUUUCUCAAAACUGUGAUGGACUUCACUUACGUAGCGGACUGUCCAGACAGGCGUCUGAGCUUCAUGGAAACAUGUUUAUUGAGGUGUGUACGUCCUGUUCUCCGGUCAGGGAGUUUGUGCGUUUAUUUGACGUGACAGAGCGGACAUCGCUGCACAGACACGGGACAGGUCGUAGGUGUGGACACUGUGGAGGGGAAACUGAGGACACUAUCGUGCACUUUGGGGAGCGAGGAACACUGGAGCAACCUCUAAACUGGAAGGGAGCUGCAGAGGCUGCCCAGAUGGCCGAUGUUAUCCUCUGCUUAGGCUCCAGUCUAAAGGUGCUGAAGAAAUAUGCUUGUCUGUGGUCCAUGAACAGACCUGAACAACGGCCAAAACUCUACAUCGUUAACCUCCAGUGGACCCCGAAGGAUGACCUUGCUGUCCUGAAAAUGAAUGGCAAGUGUGAUGAAGUCAUGAGGCUCCUAAUGGAGGAAAUGGGCAUUCAGAUUCCUGCGUAUGACCGAGCUGAGGACCCCAUCUUCAGUCUAGCUACACCUCUGCUGCCAGAAGAAGUUGACAGCUGUACUCGUGAGAUCAUCGCUCCCCUUGAUGGGCAGGAGGGUAGCUUAACUGACUGUGGGGAACCAGCAGAGGAAGGCAGAGCAGUUCAGGGAGGCUGGUUUGGACGAGGUUAUGGAAAAGGAAGGAAGAAGAAAAAGUCUGCGUAGUCUUAAGGACACAAAUCCUGACGUAUGUAAAUCGAUUUAUCAUAAUGAGGUAUUCAAACUUCAGUCCCAUCAUGAGGGUGAAGUGGACUCUGGGUGCUGUUAUGCUUUGGUACCACUGAGCCAAAUGCAGUUAGUGUGUGUUACAUGCAGAAAGCACUUUGUAACAUCAACAUAUUUAGUACAACCUGCAGUUUAAGCUGACAGCCAGACCUAAAGUUGUCUUUGGUUAUGAAACCUAAAAGGCCCCUCAGCUAGCUGUGCCAGAGGUGCAGUGUCUAACUCUUCCAAAAUACAUAUUCUGUCUGAUUCAGCAAAUCACCCUCACAGUCUGAGAGCUGUAUGCCAUUUGUGUGUGCUGAAGAUAUAAACAGUGUUUGUGCAGAGCCCUCCAGCAGGGCUCAGAGUGCCAAGUUACAAUGUUACAAUGUUACAAUGUCAUUAACAGACGCUUUUAUCCAAAGCGACGUACAUACGAGAACCAGAACAACACAAGCAAAGAUCUAGA